AUGGCAAUUGGAGACGAAACAAACGAGAGUACAUCGAGACAUGUGAAUGUACUAGUAGCACCUACUAUUUUCCCCACAAUUGUUCACAAUCAUCCUCUUUUCCUUCAACCAACUGAUACAUCAGGUCUAUUAGGUAAAAGCAAACUAGGUUUUGUAGAUGAUCGAUACCCAAAAUCUAAGUUUGAACCUGAAUUCCACGAGCAAAGGGAGAAGGUAAAUGCUGUAGUGCUCUCUUGGAUUAUGAAUGCUAUGUGCCCAGGGCUAUUGAGUAGUGUCGUGUAUGCUUCUAAUGCUCAUAAGGUGUGGGAAGAUCUGAAGGAGAGGUUCGAUAAGUUUCUUAUGGGACUGAAUGAUACUUAUUCUCAAGCUCAAAGCCAAAUCAUGAUGAUGUCACCAAUGCCUAGUAUUAAGAAGGCCUACUCUCUACUUAUGGAUGUGGAAAGCCAAAGGAAUCUGGCCAAUUUCUCUCAAAUGAUGCAAGUAGCAGAAGUUGCUGACAACACUGCUCUGCAUAGCAACAAAAAUCCAACUACUGGUAAUGGACAUUUUAGAGCUCAGAAGAAGAUAGUGGUUUGUGAUUUUUGUAACUACAAAGGACACAUCAAGGAAAACUAUUUCAAGCUAAUAAGAUAUCCUCAAUACUUUAAGUCUAACUUUAAGACAAAGAAGAAAAGGGGAAACUCUGGUGCAUAUGCCAAUCAUGUCAACACUGCUCCUAACUACAAUCCUACUAUGCAAAACACUCAUACACAGAUGCAGUUUGGAGGUUUACAGGGCAGAGGAGAAGGAAUAAUACGUGGCCUGCAGCAAAUGCAAGUGCCUUCAUCAACUGGAUUUUAG